AUAAGCAAAAUAAAAACAACUUAUUGUACCAAGCCGAAAGUGUGUCGAAAGUGAUGGAAUUUUUUACAGCAUGCAGAACCAUUUUUUGUAGUAGUUUUUGUUUAAACUAGCUAUAUGUAUGGUUCAUUUCUUACCCAUGACAAAACCGAUGCUAGUUUUACUAUAAGCUGUCAUAAUAGUCUUUAAAGAUUUUUAGCUAUGAAAGCAAGUGAAGUUAAAGAGUAUCCAUUGGAUCAAAAAAGUAUCCCUGAAAAAAAUACGAGUGAUAAACAAAUCUUACGCCGAUCUUUUUCUGCUGGAGCAGCAAGCAGAUACCCUUUAAUAAAUGAAGGAGAUGUUCAAGUGUGCCGGAUAAACCACCAUCGAACACUAUUACAAAAAAUAAUAUAUUCAAGACCACUUCGAAGAUGGGAAAGCCACCAUAUAAUAUUAGCUGAUAAUCACCUGAAUUCACAGACACCACGUGGUUAUAUGACAUAUGGACUUGCUUACAAUGAAAUUCAAGAAGUUGUUAAAAGUACACGAAACGGCAGUCUACAAUAUGCUAUUCACCUUAUCAUUCCAAGAUUUGGUUCCCUACUCAUACAGGUGAAUAACUCAUACAGCAGAGACCAAUGGUUUAAUUCACUUGUUUGGAAGAUAACUGCAUGUCGAUUUCGAAAACUUUUUUCAAAGAUAAAGACUCCUGCAGAACUAACUCAUGAACUUCAGGAGCUGAUUCAUUUCUGUAUGACAAACCCCAUCACAGAUCCAAUUGUGUUUCAAAUGCCUCUGAAUUCUGUUUCCAGUUUGCUCCUACAUCAUGGCCAUGAAAUUAAAGAUGAUCUGCGGACAGAAAUUAUAAAGAUUAUAUCACCAAUUUUGGAAAUGACGGCACUUACCCCAUCAAUGUGUAAAUGCUUCCAGAGGAUUAUUAAGCAUCAUCCUCAUGUAGAAGUUGGUGAAUUAUUGUUGCCUCCUGUUUAUCGAGUUUUAAAACACAACACUGAUUUUGGGAAAGCACCAUCUUUGCGCGUGUUCGCACAAGAUUAUUUGUGUUAUGUUUUUUCCCGUGAUGAGUCUGGUGAAGGGAUUCAUGAGUUUGUGCAGGAUUUACAUACUGCCAACGAAACAUGCCCACACAUGAGAGUUUUGCCAAAUUUAGUGACAGUGUCAUUGGCAGCUAUAUAUUCAGUUUAUGAAGAAGAUGAAAUGGCAGAAGAGGACAAGCUAAUUAUAAUAGACUGUUUUAAAGUUGUAUUUGAAUCCCUAUGUAAAUUUAGUGACUGGAUUCCUCAUUUAGCUGCCAUAUUACAAGCAGUGCCAUUUCCAACAAAAGCUCUGGAAGAUCCAUAUUUUAAUAGUGUUCUUGGUCAUAUGGUAAAGACAUUUGCAAUGGAUAAACGUUGUGAGGUUCAUCAAUGCAUUUUACCAAUACGAGAAGAAAAAAAUGGAUGGAUUCAUCUUUUCGGUCCAGGUGGUGUUUGUUGUCAUGAUGAUGGGAAAUUAUUUUCGACCCUGAUGUCUUAUCUGGUUCCCUGUUGUUACAAAAGAAAAAGAGUGUUAGCCACGAUGAAGAACAAUAUGAAAAGUUUGUUUACAUUGAUGGCCAUAAGAGAUGACAAAUACUGCAUAGAGGCGCUAAUAUCAUUGUUAAACUUUGAAUUACUCGGUACUGAAGAUGAAAGUUUGGAAAUUGUAGCUGCCUUGCAGAGCUCAUCCGAAGGUCGGAAGCAGUAUGAGGAACUUUGCUUGCAACGCACAAAGUUUAUAGAAAUGAAGCAAUCUGGCGGUCCGUAUAAAUUGACCUUACCAUCACAAUCAACAGAUGAAGAUUUAAUCCAGUUGUUAAAAAGUGACUCAUUUGGUAAUCUUCGAAGUUUAAAUCUUGCUUUCACGAGAGUGACAAGUGAGUCAGCCAAAUACAUCAUACAACUGCCGAGCUUAUUGCAUUUGAAUUUAUGGGGAACACCAUUUGAUGACGAUGGCUUGCUCCUGAUAUCAGAAAAUCUGAGAGAUUUACAAAGUCUGAACCUCUGCGAAACGUCCAUCACUGAUGAAGGAUUGAAUGCGUUGAUUCUGUUGGAAAAUUUACGCGUGUUGAACUUGAACAGCACAAAGCUGUCUGAGCUUACUUAUGAAUACUUAAAGAAAAAUUUGACAAAUUUACAAUUAGUUGAUAUCUGCUACACUGACGCUUUUUGGUAAUCAACCCAGCUGAAAAACUUUUUUUCCAUGUCGGCCGUGCCGUGAAAGAAACCUGCUCCAUAUGCAGUAUGAAGCGACGACAGCCACUCUUGAUCGAGUUUUUCGUAUUUAAAAGCACUUGAAGCAACGUGUAAAUAAAAGUAAAAAGACUAUUGAGACUUCGAUUAGUGUGUAUAUACGUGUUUUUAACAGCUCACAGGAUGCACAUUUGAAAGAAGCAUAUGUAAUAAAAUAAUGUAAUAACAUUUCCCGAACUUUUUUAGUUGGGAUUAGUAUGCUGUUGAGAAUGAUACCAACUUGUCAUUCACACUAAAAAGUGUACAUAAUUGUAUCAUUCUUCGUGUACUUGAUUUAAUUUGAUUGCUAACCCAGGCGUUAUUAGAUUUUAGACUCUAUUUAAUGGGUAAAGAAAUAUUUAGUAUAAAGAUGAAUUGUUUAAAAAGCGUAACUGACGUUAAAUAAUUUCACUUUUUAAUAUGACUUGUUGUUUGCUGCUGUGGUAGCAAAUUACAGUAUAUUUUACAACUCGGGGAAGACUAAGAAAAUAAAAUUAUUAAAAAUUUUAUCGGCAUUAAUCGCGAAUAAUUGGCAACAUGUUUACGAUGCAAACUCGACAUCUUGACAUCUUAUUGCAUAACCAAACAGUAAAAGCCUCAGAAAUCUAAUUGUUUUAAAACACUUAUUUAGUACGAUUGACUGCAUAAUGUAAGCACAGCCCUAACUUUGUUAGUUUUCACCGAGUUAGCAAGUAUUACAAAUUUUUAUUAUUUAAGAAACAAUUACAACAUUUAAAUAUAGAGUAACUGUAUAAAUAACAUUUAUUUGGUGUUUUUGUUGUCGACGUCGUUGUUGUUGUCGACGUCAUUGUUGUUGCCGACGUCUUUGUUGCCGAUUUUGUCAUAUUUUUUGUCGCUGUUGUUGCAGUAGCUAACUUCAUCGUUAGUGUCGACUUCAUUUUGUUGCCGUCGUUGUUUUUGCUAAUUUCGUCAUGUUUUUGUCGUUGUCUUUGUUGUUGCUGACUCCGUUGUCGUUGCCGGCUUUGUCUUCGUUGCCGUCGUUGUUCUUGCGUCGUUAUUUCGUUAAUAAUUUAUGUUCUUAUUGCUUUAAUAUUUCAUUAACUUUGUAGCCACUCUAAUUUUUGACAAAGAUGGCAAACUUAUAUCUGUUUUGCUGCUGGGCUUUCUAUAUGUCAGUGUAAUUUUUAUUUACAUAACUAAUUAUUUUAUAAUAUGUAUAUUAUUAUUAUAUAUGUGUUCUAAAUAUUUUUUGUUACAGAAAAACACUCAUGGAAGUUUUGUUUUUAUCAUGCAGAAUUUGUAAGGUCUAAUUUUUGCUGUGAACUUGAGUUGUGCGGUUUUGAAUUCCUUUAACUAAUUCUAUGCUUCCUUUUUUUUUAUCUCGUAAUUACGUUUUUUUUAUCGUUCGUUUCUGUUCUAUUCGGUUUACAUACCUAAAAAACUUAAUUUUUGAGUGUGUUUUUAUUUGCUAAUUUUUUUAAAGACGCUUACUCACUGAGCAUCCAAUCGGUACAUACCGGACACUAAUGAAAGUAAGUUGAUAAAAGAGAAACUAAGUUUUCGCUAUGUACAGGGUGGAUUGAAUGUCUGCUAUAUGCUAUAUGCUAAUAUGAUUAAUUAAUUGUACACACCUUAUGUACUUCUCUAAAAAGGAAAAAUUUUGUGGAUCAAACAUA